AUGUGCUUUGGCUUCGACGGUUUCAGCUCUGUGAAACCAAAACCACCCCGCAGAGGAAAAUAUGGGCGAAACGAGGAAAAGUAUCUUCAGGAUUAUGCACGCUACGAAGAGAAAUACGAACAAUAUAUGAAUACAGACAACAGGCGCAGUCGAAUGGCAAAUUCAAAUGCUGGUGCUGUUGCUGGGACAUCUGCUGCUAUUGGAGGUUGA